AUGGCGGCUACGCAUCAGCUCGACGACCCGGCUGAGGUGGCCAUGAAGGUGUUGCGGCGUGCUCAUGUCUCAAAGAUGACUCGCGCCCUCCAAGACCGUCUUGCACUCGCCAACGUCAAAAUCCAGAAUGGCUGGGAGCACAUGAGCUUGGAUGCCAUUGAGCCCAAGAUCGAAGAGCGCGUGAGGAGGAAGCGGGCGGCGUCCAGCAACGACACCAUCUCCGACACCGCCUCCACCACCUCCAGCCGAGUGCACUCCAGCGCCGGCCCCGCCUCAUCCCCUCUCACCGCACCCAUCUUUUCCGACGAGCUCCCGCGCUCCGGCAGCAGCUAUGGCAGUAAGAGGACCAAGUCAGGAGACAACAUCCCGCGAUUACAAUCCUCGGGAGCCAUGACCGGACGCAGGAACCGAACGACAGCAGGAAGACAGGGGGGCUGGAAGUCCAACCACGGCCUCUCCCAGUCCUCUCCCAUCGUGCACACCAAACAUGCGCGCUUUCCUUCCAACAACCCUACUCAAGUGUCCUUCGUUUCCGAGCACUCUACCGUUCCCGACGAUCCGCCGUCACCCGAGUUCAGCGAAGAGGACGACUCCGACCUUCCCGUGCACAGCUUCAGCAUCAACGCAUCCACCCGCAUCACAUCCUCGCCGCCUCAGACACCCCCUCCCGACCGACGAAUGCGAAAGACACACAACGUCUCCUGGUCACGCACGCCGAGGGAAGGCGAGGAAGGGGCGGAUCUACUUCUCUACCUGGCCGCCUCGCCGUCCGUCGACAACCCGCGAACUAGCAAAGCCGCCGUAAUGCAACCUCCCUCCACGCCACCCUGCAAAUCUACACCCCUCCCGUCAUCGCACAUGACCCCCGGCAUGAAUGGCGGUUCCUUCUUCGGCUUCGGUCCAAACACGCCCGGCACGAAUUUCAACUUUGCCGACUUUGUCAACGUCUCUCCCAGCCCCGCGCAGGUAUCCUGGAGCCGCACACCCAUCGCCAGCAGGACGCCCGCCGCAGCGAGAGAGGCCAGGCGAAAAUUAAAUUUCGACAAUCUCAUGCCUCCGACCAGCAGUCCCGUGCUCACGCGGAACGGACGGACGGACGGUCUGGGCAUGGAACUGGGCGGCGAGCUGGUCUCUUCACAAUGA